GUCGUCGACAGCAGAGUCGGACUUUGGUUUUUCUGUCGGGCUGACGUCAGUACAACAGGAAGCCGCUCCAGGUGCCUCCUCACUCGAAGCUCGAAAUCAGACGAGGCAGAGUAGGGACGACUCUGAUUUAGAGAAAAAGCGCGCAAUGGACAGAGACGCUACUGCACUGGCCUUCUUGCUGUUGCUCCGUGUCCUCGAGUCGGCCUUAGCGGUGUGCGAGCGCAGUGAGCUUGAAGACGAUACGUGGAGUCGCGCACGCCAGAAAUGGGAAAAAAGUUUUCCGCGUGAGCUGCGGCGCAUGUUGCGGGCCUCGUUAGGAGCUCCCCAAGAGCUGCAAAGUGGCGAAGGAGUUGGCCAAGCUGAGCAUCUUUCUGCAACUGGUGACCCACAACAGCAGCUAGCUCAAAGGCAACUACGCGGACAGCGAGACCUCCAGAGCGGUAAUGUUCCUGUGCCUGAAACAAGCGAUCCCGGUUCUCUGAUGCAGACGAUGCGGAGCUUUUUCGUCGAAACUACACUACAGGAAGUAGCAGAAUAUUCUGCUCGCAGACUGCUUCGAAGCACGAUCGAACGCAUUCGGGGGCACUUGCGCGAUCUGGGAGACCGCGCAAAGAUUGAUGUCGGAGACCCUUUGGCCCGGAAAACGAGGAAACAGUUACUGAAGGCGCAAACGGCACUCAAAAUGCGUCCAAGACCGCAUGACGAGAGACUACGCGUGUUUUUACUCCGAAUGCAGGAGCAGCAAACACGAGGUCCCUCCUCCACUCGUAGCACGUCGAAACAAGUAGAAAAUCGCGAAGAACGACGAGGAACGGUAACUUCUCGCACGUCAUUGCUUCUCUUCCUUCUAAGACUGAAUCACAGCCUGCAAGAGCACUUCACCGAAGAUCCGCGAAUAUUCGGCCGGGCGGACAACAUCGUGCGGUUAAAUCAUGCUGGCCCGCUCUUGAUUGAUGUAAUGAGCCGCCUCAUAGAAUGUUCUGGCAGGCGCGUGACCGUCGAUGUCGGCCUCCGUCUGACGCGGGGAGCAGAAGAGGAAUCGUGCAGUCAAAAAGAUAUUAUCGUAGACCGUAUUCGGGUGGCUUUGUCGCGACAGCGGAAGAACUCACGAGGGAGCAGAUGGGAGUGGCUUGGCCGCGAGCCCCCACGGCUUCCGCCGUUGCGCGUGCCACGACAGAGCAGUACCGAGGACUACAUUGUUGGGACAAGCAACAAUGGUAGUGUGGAUGUUCACCUCGGCUGUCUAGUGCUCCAAAGGCAGCACCGGCUUCGCAUCGACGAGGAUGCGCCAGAUUUUUUACCGGAACUUACGUUUUUCGUAGAUGGGAUCCGCGAACUACACGUGCACUCUUUUCCGGUGGGAGGCCAUGAAGAUGCACAACGGAGUGACGCAGUUAAAGUUCCUCACAACCGGAAUAGUCGCGAUGCUUCUUCAUCCAGCAUAGACCAGAACACCCGACGCAUGGUUUUCCAGACUUCCCUGCCUGGAUCUGCGCUACAUUGGGUUCCGUUUUGUGGAUUCCAGGGAAUGCCGUCUGUUGUGUCACGAAGCGCUCUUGUGCGGUCCGCCCCCUCCUUCGUAUACCAAAACCCUGAGGUGGCCGGCAGUCGCGAAAUUCAUCAAGAAUACCUUAGUCUGUUCUCUGGCAAAGUCAUCCUCCCCGUCUCCUGAUGCUGUGAGUAAGUAAGUUAGUACUUAUCCAUUAUUGUGACUCGUGGUGAGAUUUAUGCAGGUCGUGCUCUUGCCUACACUUGAUAUUUAUUUGCUUCAGGUGAAUGUGCACUAGAAGACAUCAUGCUUUAGUGUGGUGAUGAAUACUCAAGGAUAACAGUAUUGACAUUCCUAUGUUACCAGCGUGAUAGCGAAGGGCC